AUGAGGACAAGACCAGACCAGGACAGCCACGCGCACCAGCGGACGAUUCCUCUGCAGGACAAGUCGCCACGACGGCACGCCUCGCCCAUUCCGGAAGAACUGUAUAAGCCCUGGAAAUUACCUCCGCGGCAGGCGUACGUCUUCGUCAAUAUCAAUGUCGUCGACACCAUCGCCGGCAAGAUCCUUCCCGGCCGCAUAGUGCGCAUCGAAGACGGCCAAAUCACAUCCAUCACUCCCCCCUCCGAUCUGCCAACCACCGACACACCCCAAACACUCCACCAGGCCGACCCAAAAGAUGAAGCAAUCUACAUCAACUCGGCAGGGAAGUACCUCUCCCCAGGCCUCAUCGAUGCCCACGUGCACAUGACCUCCGUCCCCGGCACAGCGGACCUGCAGUCGGCAAUGGCCACCCCCGCCGCGGUCUCCGCCCUCCGGCAGCCCUUCCAGUGCAAGGCGAUGCUGGAGCGCGGCUACACCUCGGCCCGCGACUGCGGCGGCGCAUCUCUAGCCCUCAAGGAAGCCAUCGCGGAGGGCGUCUUCCCGGGGCCCCGGCUCUUCAUCGCCGGCCACGCCCUCAGCCAGACGGGCGGGCACGGCGACCGGCGCGGGGCGCACGAGGACGACGACAUCGAGGGAUCGGCGUGCGCCGGCGAGCUGGGCGGGCUGAGCGUCGUGGUCGACGGGGUGCCGGAGGUGCUGCGCGCGGCGCGGACGCAGCUCCGGCGCGGCGCGGACUUCAUCAAGCUCAUGGCGGGCGGGGGCGUGGCGUCGCCGACGGACCGGCUGGGCGGCGUGCAGUUCACGGCCGACGAGAUGCGGGCGGCGGCGGAGGCCGCGGACGCGGCUGGCACGUUCGCCACCGCGCACGCGUACACGCCGCGGGCGAUCCGGCGGGCGGUCGAGGGCGGGGUGAGGGGGGUCGAGCACGGGAACUUCAUCGAUGGCGAGACGGCGCGGUACAUGGCUGACAACGGCGUGUACCUGACGCCCACGCUGGUCACGUACCAGGCUAUGGCGGACCCCAAGUAUGCUGCGUUCCUGCCUGGGGGCAACCAGGAGAAGAACAAGCAGGUGCUGGAGCAGGGGCUGAAGUCUGUCAAGAUUGCGCAUGAUGCUGGGGUCAGGAUGUGCCUCGGAAGCGAUCUCCUCUCGUUCCUCGGCGUGGAACAAUUGAAGGAAUUUGGCUUGCGGGCUCAGGUGCUGGGCAGUGAGGAGGUCUUGAGGCACGCCACGGUCAAUCCGGCCAGGAUGCUGGGCCAGGAGGAGAGGCUUGGGCAGGUCAAGGAGGGCUUCGUCGCGGACCUAUUGGUGUUGAACAGCAACCCGCUCGAGGACAUCACCAUAUUCGAAAAGCCUGAGAAGCACCUGCUUGGGGUGAUCAAGGAGGGCAGGGUGUAUGCAAGCAGGUGGUCGAAGCUGCCCGUCGAUGUCGAGCCGAGAAAGACGUUGCUCGAGUGA